CAUAAAGAGGGCCGACCCGAUAUCACUCAUUCUACCUCCCUUCCCCCUGCCAUCUCAAGAGCCGCCCGCCGGAGUUAUAACAAUGGCCGCCAUGACAACCGCCGCCGCCGCCUCGUCAUUCAUCGGGACCCGCCUUCCGGCCACGGAGGCCGGGGUUGGGCGGGUGCAGGCCCGGUUCGGGUUCGGGGCCAAGAAGGUCGCGAGGAAGCCGGGGAAGCCGACCGGAGGAUCCGACCGGCCGCUGUGGUACCCCGGAGCGAAGGCCCCGGAGUGGCUCGACGGGAGCCUCGUCGGGGACUACGGGUUCGACCCGUUUGGGCUGGGGAAGCCGGCGGAGUACCUGCAGUUCGAUCUUGACUCGCUGGACCAGAACCUGGCCAAGAACGAGGCGGGACAGCUCAUCGGGACCCGGUUCGAGACCGGCGAAGUGAAGUCCACCCCGUUCCAGCCCUACGCCGAGGUUUUCGGGCUGCAGCGGUUCCGCGAGUGCGAGCUCAUCCACGGCCGCUGGGCCAUGCUGGCCACCCUCGGCGCUCUCACCGUUGAGGGGCUCACCGGUGUCACCUGGCAGGACGCUGGCAAGGUGGAGCUCGUCGAAGGAUCGUCGUACCUAGGGCAACCUCUCCCGUUCUCGAUCACGACGCUGAUAUGGAUCGAGGUGUUGGUGAUCGGGUACAUCGAGUUCCAAAGGAACGCUGAGCUUGACCCCGAGAAGAGGCUGUACCCGGGCGGCAAGUUCUUUGACCCGCUGGGGCUGGCGGCGGACCCCGAGAAGAAGGCCACCCUCCAGCUGGCCGAGAUCAAGCACGCCCGCCUCGCCAUGGUGGCAUUCCUCGGGUUCGCAGUCCAGGCGGCCGCCACUGGGAAGGGCCCGCUCAACAACUGGGCCACCCACCUGAGCGACCCCCUCCACACUACCAUCUUCGACACCUUCAGCUCCUAAAUUAUUCGAUAUUGAGAGGAGACAGUUAAAUGUAGAAACGUGGUUGUGGAUGUCGGAGCUGUGCCCUUGUAAAGAUCAUUUGUAAGAGUGUUAACACUUGAAGUAGAGUAAUGUCCCAUGUUUGUGCAAGCUGCCAUGUUGGUUACCUUAACAGGUCCCAAAAAAGAAUUUUUAUCUACUACUUCAAGGGAAGGAAUUAGACCGGAAAA